AUUUCAAGUGAUUCACGUAGUGUCUUUCGUAAUUCGUAGCGAGCCGCGUUCGCAUCAGUUUAUUGUACGUUUAUUGUACUUGUUUUAUCCAAACAAAAUUCGCAAAUCAAGUUUACAAUCGCGCGUAUGUAUGAAAUGUAAUUUCGCGAUCGGAUUAUUCAUUUGUUCGGCCAGCAUUAUUGCGCGUUUACUUCUGAAAGUGCGAAAUGAGUUUGCGGUCAUGAGCGAAUAAGAGGUUAGCGCUUAAUUACAUGAUGGCGCCAAAUUCGUGAUUGAUAAUGCUGUUGUCGAAAAAUAUCGUCAAAAAGAAGAUGGAAUCUUCAAAGAUGCGAUAGAAAAAAUAACAGUAGUUUCUUCGUGGUGUAACAGAACUCUUAGUUGAACUCGUGGCAUUAUCGUGGAACGCAUCAUCGAAAAGAUGGACACUCCAAACAGCGCCCUUUUAGUGCAUUCGCCAAUCGAUGAAAAUACACGAAUCACUUCGCAAGGAAACUCUGGUAUCUCAAUCUCAAAAAAUUGGGUACUGACACAUGGCACCGCAUUGAGCCUAAUUAUCGACAAGUCUCACGCAAUAUCGCGUUUCGUCAAGGACAUGAUACCGGGAGAACUCACGAUCGCGCCAAUGGAACUCGCAAACGAAUUGAAAUUUCGCGUCUAUCGGGAUCUAGAGAUCGACGAUGGUUCUCGAUCGGGCGAUUAUUCACGCGUUCAGGAGCAUCUAGGCAGCAUCGUGGCCGCUUGGAAGUGUCCGCUACUGACGAAGACUUUUGACGAGUUCUUCGAAACGUGGAACUUUCCUAAUUCGUCCAUCAAGUUCGAUCGAUUUCUACGAUCGAUCUAUCUGCUCGUCUUCAUCACCGAGUCCGACAAAAAAACAAUCGUGGAAAUUUCAUCGGUCAAACAAGCUCUCUCUUGUUUGUUGGAUCAAGCUAUGCGGAAUCCCAUCCGAGGAGCGUCCGUGGAAAUCGAGUCCACACCCUUCGGCAAUCCCGUGUUCAUCGGUUCGAUCGCGCGCGGUGUCGUCAGCAACGUCGUCGGCGACGAAGGCUGCGUCAUCAUGACGGACGCGUACGCGUUUCCGGGUAGCGAGGGUGGUCCCGUCUACGUCAUUCCGGACUGUAAACGUCGAAUUAUCAGCGGAUUGGUGAUUGCACCGUUGAGUUGGUGUCGUGGAGAAUGGGUGGAUUAUACCUUUGCCGCCAAUCUUGCUCCGUGUUUGCUCAACAUUUUACAGAAGAAGGAUCCUCGAUGUCCUCCGAUCAUAAGUCGCCAAGAAAAUGAAACGCUAGAUAGAGGAGUCGUGCUUGUUAGGUGUGGGAUUAAUUGGGGUACGGGCGUCCUCGUGGACAAGGAUUCUGGUACAUUCCUAACGUGCUCACAUGUCGUCGCCGAGGCGCCAGAAAGGGAGGUAUCAAUUGUAAUGAGUACAGACCAGACCAAUUCACGCACGUGGGCGAAACUGUUGUAUAGAACUCCGAAGAAUCAGCCUUACGACGUGGCUGUAUUAAGAGUGAAUCCACAGGAUAUAGAUCCCUUAUUGAAGUCGAUACGAUUGUCUCGUGCUCCGAUUGUAAAAGGCGAGCCGGUGGUGUCCGUGGGAUUUCCGUUCUCCUCGUCCGUCCAGCCGACCAUCAGCAGCGGCGUGAUCUCCAAUUCGAUGAACUGCGCGCUCCUGACAACUUGUUGCGCCCAGAGCGGUACCAGCGGCGGGCCAAUAAUCAGCCGCGCCACCGGCGAGAUGCUGGGAAUGAUUGUGUGCAACGCGCUCUCCUCGGACGGUGCCGUGUUGUACCCGCGGAUGAGCUUGGCGGUGCCGGCCGCCGUGAUGGACCGGCCCCUGCAGGAAUAUUUGCGCACUGAUAAUCCUGAUGCACUUCGAGCUUUCACGUGCGACGACGCGAUAGUGCGCAAUGUUUGGAAUUUCUACCCUUUGCUGCCGUCCAAACUAUGAAAAAAAGCGAUGCGAGAGAUAUAAAUACACAGACUUAAAAACUCUUUACAUAAAACAUAUAUUCAAAUUCUAAUCGUAUGGUGGAUUAUUCAUUAUUCGAUCCGCACAACUGUUUGAGCUACUGCGACUAUCAUGUUAUACAGAUAAUAUAUUGGAUUAUUUGCAUUGCGGAAUAUUUGUCUGUGAGUCAUUGGGCCUGCCAAUCUCGAACUCGACACGCUCUUGUGAACAUAAUCUCGCCUUCAUUGAAUAACAUACGCCAUUGACCGAGUUUAAAAUAUAAAGAGAAAGUUUUUCGUGACGUUAAACGUGAUCGUAGCGAUCGGCACGCAAAGUGACAAGAGUCAACGAUCCCUUCGUAUUUAUGCUAAAGAUUUCGCUGAUGAAUAAUAUUAUCUACAUAUAUCGUAGUGUACUGAAUUAUCAAACAGUGUUUAAGUUGGUAUACUUUGGAAAGGUUGCAUUUGCCUUGUCGGGAAAUAUGAUUUCUUCUACGAUUCAGAAUAUUAUUUAGAUAUAUAAUAUCGUGAUAUGACAUUUCUGCCAUAAUAAGAUGCACUAUAAUACAUAAUGUGUAAAGUGAUUUGUAAUAAAUUACCAUUUGUCAUA